AUGCGAUCCCCUCUAUCCGUAAAACGACCCCACACGAACCAACAUGCCACGAACACUCGAAGGAAUCGGGGAAAAUUGGUGAAGAACGCUCGUAUGAGGCGCAAGCAGUGGGCACACGCACUUGUUUACAGUCCAGAUGUGGCAGCCAAAAGACAAACAUUUCACGUUACCGCACUAGCACCCGUGCUAAAAGAGGUGAGCGAAGAAGAGCGAGCUCGUAGAGCCGAGAAGAAGCGGGAGAAAAAGAUGCUCUCGAAGCAAAGUGACGAAGAGAUCCGUAGACUGGAGCUACUCAGAAAGGAAAAGGAGAGAGAGGAGCGCAGAUUAAAAAGGGAGGAAGAGAAGAGACGUCAGGAAGAACUUGAGUACCAGAAAUGGCAAGAAAUGCAGAAAAAGAAGGAGGAAAAACUGAAAAAGGAAGCUGCUGAACGAGAGGUCGCUGAGAAGAAAGCUGCUGAGGAGGCUCAGAAAGCUGCUGAAGCCAAGAAAGCUGCUGAAGCCAAGAAAGCUGCUGAGGCCAAGAAAGCUGCUGAGGAGAAGAAAGCGGCUGAGGAGAAGAAAGCUGCUGAGGAGAAGAAAGCAGCUGAGGAGAAGAAAGCAGCUGAGGAGAAGAAAGCAGCUGAGGAGAAGAAAGCAGCUGAGGAGAAGAAAGCAGCUGAGGAGAAGAAAGCAGCUGAGGAGAAGAAAGCAGCUGAGGAGAAGAAAGCAGCUGAGGAGAAGAGAGCAGCUGAGGAGAAGAAAGCGGCUGAGGACAAGAAGGCACAAGAGGUACCACUUGUGAUCAGUUUUAUUUUGUAA